CUGUGACAUACUGCCUAAAGGUUGUAGGGCAAGAGGGUGUCUCCCCCAAACGGGCCGACCCUCCUGCGGCCUCUACGCAUGGACUAUAAUAGGAUGAACUCCUUCUUAGAGUAUCCACUCUGUAACCGGGGACCCAGCGCCUACAGCACCCACAGCGCCCACAGCACCCCUACCUCCUUCCCCCCCAACUCGGCUCCUGCUGUUGACAGCUACGCAAGCGAGACCCGCUAUGGCGAGGGGCUGCCCAGCCCCGCGGUUCAGCAGAACUCAGGCUAUCCCGUCCAUCAGCCACCUUCGGCCCUGGGGGUGUCCUUCCCCAGCUCCGCGACCUCGGGGUACGCCCCAGCAGCUUGCAGCUCUAGCUAUGGGCCUCCUCAGUACUACCCUCUGGGCCAACCAGAAGGAGAUGGAGGAUAUUUUCAUCCGUCGAGCUAUGGGGCCCAGCUAGCGGGCUUGUCCGACGGCUAUGGAACGGGUGGAGCUGGGCCCGGGCCGUACCCUCCUCCGCCGCCGCAGCCCCCGUAUGGGACAGAGCAGACGGCGAGCUUUGCCCCGGCCUAUGCUGAUCUCCUCUCUGAGGACAAGGAAUCGCCCUGCUCCUCUGAACCCAGCACCCCCACAACGCGAACCUUUGACUGGAUGAAGGUUAAGAGGAACCCACCCAAGACAGCCAAGGUGUCGGAGCUGGGCUUGGGCGCACCCGGCGGCCUCCGCACCAACUUCACCACGCGGCAGCUGACCGAGCUGGAGAAGGAGUUCCAUUUCAACAAGUACCUGAGCCGGGCCCGGCGCGUGGAGAUCGCCGCCACCCUGGAGCUCAACGAGACGCAGGUCAAGAUCUGGUUCCAGAACCGGCGCAUGAAGCAGAAGAAGCGCGAGCGGGAGGGAGGCCGGGUGCCCCCAGCCGCUCCGGGCUGCCCCAAGGAAGCGGCCGGAGACGCCUCCGACCAGUCGACGUGCACCUCCCCGGAGGCCUCUCCCAGCUCCGUCACCUCCUGAACUUCCGCCACCUUAACCGAAGGGGCCCCCCAGCGC